AUGACAGCGCCCGCAACCCCGCAGCCCCGCCUGACGCACGGCGCCACGCCGCUCCUGCUCCUCCUGACGGCUCUCGCCACCACCCUCGCCUGCCACCACCUGCGGCCCGGCGACGACACCUUCCCCUGGGACGGCCUCCGGCUCCUCCAGGCCAUGGCUCCCAGCCCGACACAGCCCUGCCAGCAACACCAGGCGCCCUUCCGCUUCCCCGACACCCUCCUCCACACCAGCCACCCACAGCAAGCCGCCGCCACCGCCCUCCGCAUCCUACAGCACCUCUUCCACACCCUCAGCAGCCCCAGCACCCCACAACACUGGGACACCGGCGCGCGCCACCACCUCCUCAACCACCUACAGCACUACAUCCAACGCCUGGAGCAAUGCCCGACAGCCAACAGGACACUCCUCAAAAGGCAAGGGCCUCGCAACCUGCUGCUCAGCAUCAACAGGUACUUCACACACAUCCAGGACUUCCUCCACACCCACAACUACAGCGCCUGUGCCUGGGACCACGUCCGCCUUGAAGCUCGUGCCUGCUUCCAACGCUUGGACACACUCAUACGGCAAAUGAAGAGCUGAGCUGCUCCUGCCCACCACCAAGCCCACCCAUGCCUGCCAACGCCAGUGGCCACAGAUUGAGCAGGAGCAGCAGUAGCCCAGGCUGGCACUCUCGGUGCUGCUCACACCUCUUCUGGCCACGACCCGGCACUGAUGGAGAGAUGGGCAUGACCAUGGUGAGGCUGGGGCCAGGCUGUGGCACUGUCUGCUCAUGGGCACCAUGGCCACACCUUCACUGGAAAGGAAGGAGGAGGAAAUUGCUGUGCUGCCUGCUCAUGGACAACUGUGAGGCAAUGGGGAGUGUGGUGGUAUUUAUUAUACAUACUGUUAUCUUGC